CUCUGUUCCCUACUUCCUUAAGGUCCCGCCACAUUUAAGGUCGUGCCAGUCUUCCUGGGAUAACAUCGUUUUCAGUCUUCUGUUAAACUUUUUGUAAACAAGGAGGAGAAUCCAGAAUUUCGGCUUGAAUUUCUAUUUGCCGUGACACUUUGAGAGAAGGAAGAUGAGGGCCACCAGGCUUCUGCUCUCGGUCCUUGGCAUCACAGCUGUUUGGGUGGCCUUCUCCUGGAGAGACACCUUCGAGCCAGACAGCCUUUCCGGGGCCCGGGUUCUCUUGACUGGCGCCAGCGAUGGGAUCGGGGAACAAAUGGCCUACCAUUACGCUCGGUUUGGGGCGCAAAUUGUCCUUACCGCCCGGAGGGAGGCCGUGCUGCAGAAAGUGAUGGCCAAAUGCCUGGAGCUGGGAGCCAAGAAGGCCGUCUACUUCAUCGCAGAUAUGGCUUCUCCUGCAGAGCCAGAAAAGCUGGUCCAUUUUGCCUUGGAGGAACUCGGGGGUCUGGAUUUUGUGGUCCUCAACCAUAUUGGCUCGAGCCCUUUUGAGAUGUGGGCCGGAGACAUGGACCAUCUGCGUUGGCUCAUGCAGGUGAACUUCUUCAGCUAUGUGGCCCUCUCCUCAGCAGCUCUUCCUGCCUUGGCGGAGAGCAAAGGUUCGCUAGUGGUGGUCUCCUCAUUGGCAGGGAGAGUGUCCACCCCCUUCGUGGCUCCCUACUCGGCCACCAAGUUUGCCCUGGAGGGCUUCUUUGGCUCCUUGCGCCAUGAAUUGGUCAUGCAGCAGAAAGAGAUCAGCAUCACACUCUGCUUCCUGGGCCUCAUCGACACCGAGUCGGCCAUCAACAAAACGCAGGGCAAGGUGACCAUAACGGCCGCUCCGGCCUCGGAGGCCGCACUGUCCAUCGUGAAAGGCGGAGCCACCCGGGCACAGGAGAUCUUCUAUCCCUGGACGGUGCGGAUGUUGUUCCUGGUCCGUGACUUCUUUCCCGAACAAAGGGACGCCCUCAUCCGCAGCAGCUAUGUCAACCAGCCCGCCAGCGCCUAGACCUGAAGAGAACCCCCUCCCCUCAACGUAGGAUCCUUCCUGACAGAGGGCUGUCCCUUAUACAGACACAAGCAGGUUUGUGUAGAAACAGGACUACCGAAUCCCCAAAUUCUACCGACCCCCAUUAAUGUAGGAAGACACUCUCCGAUCCCUCAUGACAGAUGGCCACCCAGCCUCAUAGACAUGAGCAGGUUCACAGAGAGCAAUAGGGGUAUAUAGACCCCAAGUCCAACCCCAUCAAUUCAAACAAAGGCACUAUCCGAUCCCUCCUGACAGAGGGCCAUCCAACCUCAUAGCUGUGCAUAGGUUCAUGGAGCGACAUACAGCUACAGGAUUAUAGGAUUGUAGAGAUCCCAAGGGACCCCCAGAAACACCCCCAUGAAUGUAGGAAGGCACCAUUCGAUCUCUCCCAAGAGGCAAAGGAAACUUAUGCCAUUUCACAGAAACCACAAAGAAGAAACAGGGCUAUAGGGUGAUAGAACCCUAGAGCUGGAGGGGGUCUUCAAAGGCCACCAGUCCAACCCCAUCAAUGCAGGAAGACACACUCCAAUUCCUCCCAACAGAUGGCCAUCCAACUAACAGAAAUGGAACAGGUUCAUGGGGAAACAGGGCUAUAGACUGAUAGAAUCCUAGAGCUGGGUCUCCAAGGGCCACCCAGUUGAACUCCAUGAAUGCAGGAAGACAUAAUCCGAUCCCUCCCGGCAGAUGGCCAUCCAACUAACAGAAAUGGAACAGGUUCAUGGGGAAACAAGGCUAUAGACUGAUAGAAUCCUAGUGCUGGGUCUUCAAGGGCCACCCAGUCGAACUCCAUGAAUGCAGGAAGACAUAAUCCGAUCCCUCCCGACAGAUGGCCAUCCAACUAACAGACAUGAGCAGAUUCAUGGGGAAACAGGGCUACAGACUGAUAGAAUCCUAGUGCUGGGUCUUCAAGGGCCACCCAGUCAAACUCCAUGAAUGCAGGAAGACAUAAUCCGAUCCCUCCCGACAGAUGGUCAUCCAACUAACAGACAUGAGCAGAUUCAUGGGGAAACAGGGCUAUAGACUGAUAGAAUCCUAGUGCUGGGUCUUCAAGGGCCACCCAGUGCAACCCCAUCAAUGCAGGAAGACAUAAUCUGAUCCCUCCCGACAGAUGGCCAUCCAAUCCCAUAGAGAGAAAUUGGAUAAUAGAAACAUAGAGUCAGAAGAGACCCCCAAGGACCAUCCAGUCCACCUCCUUUAAUACAGGACGUUUUACUUAAAAUCAUGAUCGCUGGUUGCUUGAGAGUUCUGUGUAACCGAGAAUCUACUAUACAAACCUGAAAUCUGCAAGAUUCAAAUGCAUUUUUGAAGUAAAAAAAAGGAAAUGAGAGCA